UCUGGCUUUUUGACAGAUGUCAAACAUAACCGAACAUAACCUCACAACUCGAUUUUGCAGAGGCUGAAGAUGGAUGUUUCUGCAAAAAUGCGUCAGGAUAUGCCCCCAGCCGGGGGCUACAAGCCAAUUCCAUACAAAAGAAUCCCAGCGAAGACAUUUUUCAGCGGCUGGGCUUUAAUUGGUGGAUACCUGGGCAUGACUGCUGGAGCUGCAUAUGUCUAUUAUUUGAAUUGCAAAAGUGUCCAUUAUGAAGAAAUUGAGAAUAGGUCGGCAAACUUUGCUGUCUAUCCCAUGUUGACUGCUGAGCGUGACAGGGCUUUCUUGAAGCAGCUUAUUCGUAACAGAGAUGAGGAAGCCGACCUCAUGAAGAAUGUACCUGGAUGGGAAGUUGGUACUUGGUAUGGAGAACCUAUUUACAAGACAACUAAGAUUUUGCCAAUGCCAACCAUGCAAGAGUAUUAUAUCCAUAGCAAUGUCAAUGAUCUUACUAAGAGGGCUCAUCUUAGCUUGUGGUCUUAAUCACUAUAAAAAAAGCUGUGUAGAUCAAUACCUGUGUAAAAUAAAUUAUAGAGUAAUAAAAAUGUGUUAUUUA